ACCUGGGGCGGACCGGGAUCGCUCUCUUACGUGGACACCCACAGAGGAGAGAGGCUGCCCACAAAGCCGCUCAGACUGAGCCGUGCGCCACCACGCAACUUACCUGAGCCUGGGCUGAACCAUGUCCUUGAGCCCAAAGCACACGACGCCUUUCUCCGUGACAGACAUUCUGAGCCCAAUCGAGGAGACCUACAAGAAGUUCGGAGGCAUGGACGGCACCGGGAACCUCGCCUCUCCGCUCGGACCCUACCGACAGCCUCAGGUGUCUCAGCCACCCGUGCAGCAGCAUCCCGUGGGUCACGGCGCCGCGGUGGCCGCCACCUACCACAUGGCCCACGGCGUGUCCCAGUUCUCGCACGGGGCCAUGGGGGGCUACUGCAACGGGGCCAUCGGCAACAUGGGCGACCUCCCGUCCUACCAGGAAACCAUGAGGAACGGGGCGGCCGCCUCGGGCUGGUACGGCGCCAACACCGACCCAAGAUAUUCAACGAUUUCUAGAUUCAUGGGACCUUCCACAGGUAUCAACAUGACAGGGAUGGGCGCCUUGACGGGGAUGGACGCCAGCAAAUCCAUGGUAACUCUGCACGCGGCUCCCAGGAGGAAGCGAAGGGUCCUCUUCUCUCAGGCCCAGGUGUACGAGCUCGAAAGGAGAUUUAAGCAACAAAAGUACCUGUCGGCGCCCGAGAGGGAGCACCUGGCCACCAUGAUCCACCUGACCCCGACCCAGGUGAAGAUCUGGUUCCAGAACCACCGCUACAAGAUGAAGCGGCAAGCCAAGGACAAAGCGUCGCAGCAGCUGCAGCAGGAGAACGGCGCCCUGUGCCAGCAGCAGCAGUCGCCGCGGCGCGUGGCCGUGCCCGUGCUCGUGAAGGACGGCAAACCGUGCCAGAGCGGCUCCGGCGCGAGCCAGGCGCAGGCGCAGGCGCAGCCGCAGCCGCAGAGCAGCAGCGCGGGAGCGGCGAUUCCCACUUCCGGCAAUGCGAUUAGCCAGCAUCCGAGCCAGCACGUGAACCCCUUAGCGCAGGCCCAGGACCUUGAAGAAAUGUCACCGAGCCCUCCAUCCCUGCACGGCCACAUGAGCGGCAUGGCUCACAUCGACACGUCCGUGAUAGAUUACACCAACAACAUGGUCACCUCGAACCUGCUGUACGGCAGAACUUGGUAG